AUGGGGUUUAUCUAUGGAGAAUUAGUAGAAGCCAAAAAAAUCUAUCAAAGCUGCUACCAACAACUUGGAAGGUACUAUCAGCCUAUCCUCGAGAUCAUUGAUGUGAAAAUUAAAGGCAGAUUAGAUUCUCCGUUGCAUUUGGCUGCCUACUUGUUGAAUCCUUACUAUUUCUACAACAAACCAGACGUUAAGCCGGAUGAGACACUCAUGAAUGAGCAUUGGUGGUCGAUGUAUGGAUGUACUGUGCGUAAUUUGGCAAUACUAGCAAGGAAGGUUCUCUCUUUAACUUCUAGCUCAUCUGGUUGUCAACGAAACUGGUGUACAUUCCAAGAGAUUCACAAGAGUGAGAGGAAUAGACUAGACGUUGAUCAAAUGAACAGUUUAGUGUAUCUUCAAUUUUACUCAAACUUACUUAACAAGCGGAAGAGGAUCAAAGAGGGAGAAUCUGAUGUGCUCGUAGGUGAUGAUGGAGAAAAUGUAGAGGAGUGGUUUGUGGAGGUGGAACAAGGAGAAGAAGAUGAACUUUUUGAUGAAGAUGACCUAAUGUGA